AUGACUUUAAUUUGUUACAGCACCAAAGAAGAUUCAGAUUAUAGAUUAUAUAUUCUAAUAUUAGAUGAAAGAUUAAGCGCGACGAGCGGCGGCACGGCCCCUUCCUGCAGCACGGCCCUACAGUGCUUGGCGCUCCCAACGCACAUCUGCAGAAGCACGGCGGCCGCGUUCUCCUUCCCCCUGUGGGACCCGCUCUCCACCACCUCCACCAGCGACCCCACCGCCCCUUCCUCCCUCCCCACCGCCGCGCACCCUUCCCCCACCGUCGUCAGGUGCCGCACCGCCCCCGCCGCCACGAUCCUCGCCUUGUUCUCGUGGCAUAUCGAAAGGUUGAAGAGCGCUGUCGCCGCGUCCUUCUUCCCCCGGACGCUCCCAUUCCCCAAAAGCUCCACCAGCGCCCGAACGGCCCCCGACCGCCCGAUCUUCACUCGGUACUCUUCGAUAAGCGAGAUGCUGAAAAGGGUCGCCGCGGCAUUUUCUCGGGCGAUCGAGUUUCCGGUCGAGAGCACGUGGAUGAGCGGGUCGAGAGCACCUUGGCAAGCGAUCCGGGCUUUGAUGUUGUCGUUGAUCGAGAGGUUGAGGAGGGCCGUGACGGCGUGCUCCUGCACUUCCCGGGCUUCGGAUCGGAGGAGGGAGAUGAGCGGGCCGAUGGCCCGGUUUUCGUCGAUGAUGGCUCGAUUCUCCCGGUUGUGCCUCGCGAGGAGACGGAGCUCUCGGGCGCACGCGGCUUGCUUGUCGGUCGAAGGGCUCGUGAGGCCCUCGACGAGCUUCUCGACGUGCGAGGCAGUGGUCAGCUCGUCGUGUGUCAACUCGGAAGGAGAUUUUGUAUCGCCUGCACUAUCCGGAUUUUUGCUCGGCAACCUUGAACUCUCGAUCUCGGCUGUCGGGGUGUAG